AUGCUUGGAUCAAUCGCCUUGGGCCUAGCCCUCAGCCCUGUGGUGAUGGCCCAUGGAGAUCAUCACAAGAUUCCGGAUGGAAAGGUCAUCUCGGGAGAUCCCCUGGAUACUACGCUAUGGAUUCACAUUCUGCUGAUGACUCUCGCGUUCGGCCUCAUCUUUCCAACUGGCAUGGUUUUGGGCAUCGUCCGGUCUCGAUACCAUGUUCCGGUUCAAGUCGUUGGUACCGCUGUGGCCAUCCUCGCGUACUUUCUUGGCCACCUUCACAAGGGACGCCAAUUCGCCCCGAACAUUCAUGCCUCAUUUGCCAACUCUCUUAUGCUCAUGCUCGUUGUGCAAGUCGUUUUGGGCGUGUACCUCAAACUUCACAUCGAGAGAGGAUUCCAUGGCCGAAUUCGCCGAUACGUGGUUGUAACCCACGGAGUAGUCGGAAAGAUUAUGCCACUUGUGAGCUGGAUCCAGAUGGUUUUCGGAGGCAUCACAGCCCUCGGAUUCUGCCGAGCAGACCAUCUCGGCCAGUGUCUUGCUCAUUUUAUCAUGGGAAGCGCUUUCAUCGCAUACGGCAUCAUCCUUACCAUUCUACUCCUCGUUGGACAGUUCUGGUUGCGCAGUACCGGACGAAGCCAGGAAUUCUUUGACUCGGCUGUCAUUACUGCAUGGGGCUUUGUUAAUACCUUUACUGAGCACCGCUGGGGAUCCGAAUGGAGCCAUAGUGAUAUGCAGCACACAACUAUGGGCAUCAUUUGGUGGUGUGCUGGUCUUCUGGGAAUGUGGUUGAGCAGAAAGCGAAACGGACGUCCAAAGCGUAACAUCUUCCCUGCAGUGGUCAUUCUGCUUACUGGAUAUGCCAUGUCCUCGCAUGCCCAGCAUUUAAUGCUCAGCACCAUGGUUCACUCUGUGUUCGGAUACACUUUGAUGGCCGCUGGUGCGGCAAGAAUCAUUGAGAUCUCCUUCGUCCUCAAGGACCGCAGCACCCUUAGCCCAGACGGUUCUGACCCAAACAGCUUCCAGUAUCUCACUCCAUACCUCCUCUUUGCCUCUGGCUUCAUCUUCAUGGGUGCCACAGAAGAACAGAUGCAGCUUCUCCACGAUGCUGGAGUAGGCCAUGUCUCUUAUCUCCUUAUCCUCUACAGCUUGGCCUGCCUCUUAUUUCUCUCCCCAUUUGGCCUUGAUGGAGCAUCCCCAAAUGCAGACAUUCACGGUGGAAUGAACGGUGGCGCGACUGCUGCUGCCCAGGAACGCAAUAUCCGUGAUGCCCAAGAAUUCGAACUCGAAGGCCUUAUCGGCGCGGCUGAUAAAGACCGUGACGAGGAAGAAGCUCCAGCCAACGGAGCCGUUAAGCUCUGA